ACUAGCUAUUAAGACCGUAAAUCUUUUAUUUCUUGUCUUAUUAAACUUGUCAUUUAGAGCGUUCUUGUUUAGAAACAGUUUGUGCUUACUUCAAUUCACUCAAAGGCUAUCCCAAAAGUUGCAAAAAGUUUGCAUUUAAAUGUAAACAGGAUGCAGUGUUGUAAAGGGCGAAAACCUCUAGUUUGAAUGUGUAAAGAAAUGUUGAAAAAAAUGCAUCAUAAACAAGUGAGUAAAGUGAAUGUUCUACUACCGUAGAUAAAUUUCAUUCACUGUAAGUUCUCCACCUAAAACAGUAUCGCUUACUGAAGCACGUUCAGAAAAGCUAAGGUUAGCGAGGACACGCAUCACCGUGUGACGUACUCAGUUUAACAUAUGCAACGUCAGGACGUUAAUUACAAUUAGCAUGAAGGGAUUUAACUUGAUCGAGGCGUCUGAGGAUGGAAGUAAGCGCUUUGUUGAAACUUUGAACUUCUCAACUACCUCAACAGAUACGCUCUUUUCAGAUUCGACGCCUCGUAAAAAGCCUCGGACACGCCUUAUAUUAAUUUCUGUAGUAGCAAUCAUUGGAUUGGCGGCUAUCAUCACGUUGGCAGUUGUGUUCGGGAUCCGUAACAAUAAGGGCAAUGAGGGAAACGAACAAGGAUCACAGGAGUUCCAGCAAGGUAAUUCUUCCUCUUCAAGUACGACAAGCAAAACAACCCAGAGUUCUUCAACUUCAAGUACGACACGCACAACAACUGGAAGUUAUCCACAAGUUGACUGGAUGGGUCAACCCUGUCACUCAUCAGAAACGCACCCGCAGUGUCCAUGGAAAGAGACGCCAUUGAUUCUGGUUUCGCUUGACGGGUUCAAGGCCGAAUAUUUGCUACGCAACAUCACUCCCACAAUUCAGAGGCUCCGAAACUGCGGCGUCCACACGCAAUACAUGCGCGCCGUCUACCCCACUCUGACUUUCCCUAACCACUACACCAUUGUCACAGGUCUGUAUCCAGAGUCACAUGGGAUUGUUGGCAACAGUAUGUAUGACCCGACCCAUAACGGUACGUUCUCAAUAGGCGGCGCUGGAAAGUUCAACUCUUACUGGUGGCAAGGUGAACCCCUCUGGACGACGGCUAUAAAACAUGGCAAGAAGGCGGCCUCUUUCUUCUGGGUAGGAAGUGAAGUGAACAUAUCAGGUUGCCGACCGACAUACUGGGAGCCUUAUAACGGGUCAAUAACGUGGGAGGCUCGGAUCGACCGAGCAAUGAAAUGGCUGGAACUCCCCGCAGAAGACCGACCACAGUUUAUCACACUGUAUUUCGAUGAGCCCGACCAUCAAGGUCAUGGGUCUGGGCCCGAUAGUACAGAGAUCGACGCAAUGCUAAAACAAGUUGACAGAAUCAUUGGAUAUCUGAUGAACUCUUUGUUGCAAAGAAGACUCGAUCAUUGUGUGAAUUUGAUUGUCCUCGCAGAUCACGGUAUGUCAAGCACAUCAUGCGGCCGAAAAGUUACGCUAGAAAACUGGCUCCCGGAAGUAAAAAACAUGCUUGUAUACUCGGGAACCACUGGAUUUUUGCACACGAAAUACCAUCAGGCUCAGCAGGGCUCGGGAAUACUGGACAACUCACACAUCAUGGAAACAGAGAAAGUUCUUCAGUCUUUACGAUGCAUUGAUGAGAAUGUUGGCGUCUACUCGCGUGCGGAUAUGCCAGUGCGUCAUCACUAUGCCAGCAACGAGCGAAUAGGAGAGGUGGUGGUGGACGUGGAGGAUUCAUGGUUGUUUACUGGGAAAAAAGACAAUUUUUGCCUAGCCGGGAAUCAUGGUUAUGACAAUAUCUACAAAAGCAUGCACGCUUUGUUUCUGGCACACGGACCGGGAUUUAAGCAAGAAUUUACGGCGGAACCUUUUGAGAACAUCGAGCUUUAUAACAUGAUGUCAGUGUUGCUGAACAUUACGCCUUCUCCAAACAACGGCACCUUUGGCGCCUUACACCACAUGUUGAAGGACCCUCCAACACUGCUAACAGGACAAGGAAGUUUGCCACAAACAUGCAAUAUUUCGUACAUAUGUUCAUCUCUUAACACGUUAAGUCAGCUAAAGCAGUCAAGUCAAAGCAUAUUUCCGUGGGGCCUUCCUUCCAAUGAUAACAGCAAGGCCAGCUGCAUACAUCAUGGUGCACAUGUGGCAUCAAUAUACAGUACCUUGCACAACUCUCCAACCAUGGCUGUCUUCCGCAUGAAAAGUGGACAGGUCGUUAACUCACACCAAACCGUCACAAAUUCGCAAUGCCCCAUCCUAGCUAACGGCCAGUUGGGCUUAGAGGCCAGUCCUCUCGUUGACCCAGAUUACAUGGACGUUGAUGCCCAACCAGAGCUACAAUCCGGCUGGAAUAUGAUCCCGAUGUUCAAGGGCUUCAAACAAGGUAUUUGGAAGUAUGCUUGGCGCUCCCUGGCAGAUUACAGGAAGACUUUCGGAGAUAUUCAUGUGACAGUAGGAACCAUAUUUGAUUACGACUCUGAUGGAAUUGCUGACAAAAGUCAUGUGGAUGGGACAAGAUAUGCGGACGAGUCUCGCACGAUUCCGGUAGCAAGUCACAUGUUUGUUAGUGUGGUGAAGUGCUCGACAAAAGUGGCGAAACUCGAAGAUUGUCUCCCCGUAAACCUAGAUAUAUUCUCCUUCGUCUUACCCCAUAGAAACGACACUUACAAUUGUCUGCCAGAUAGAGAAUACCUUACCAACAACGUUGUUCGUUUACGGGACAUAGAGCACCUUACUGGCCUCAGGCUCCUGGAGACGAUCAAUGGGGAACUGAACGCGAGACUGCGCACGUAUCUGCCCUUAGAAAUGUGGACUUCACCCCUGACUGUACCUUGGGAUGACCUGUCAUGUGCAGAUACUGACAUGGGUUCCUGUCCAGCUGGACCACAUCCGGUCCUGCUGCUCUCCUUAGACGGAUUUCGUGCCGACUACAUGACCCGGGGUCUCAACCCGACCCUCGCUCGCCUCGGUCAGUGUGGCGUGAACACACCAUACAUGAGACCCGUCUACCCGACCUUGACCCUGCCCAAUCUUUACAGCAUCAUAACUGGCUUGUACCCGGAGAGCCACGGCAUGGUGAAUGAGGAGAUGUACGACCCCGAGAUUGGCCAGAGGUUCGAGCAGAAUAACAACUCAGCAGACCCGAGAUGGUGGAGAGCCGAACCGAUCUGGGUGACGGCAAAGAAGAAGGGUCUCCGUACCGCCGCGUUGUACUGGCCGGCGUCAGUUGUGAACUUUACAGGCGGUUUUCCCGAUUACAGAAGACCCUGGCAUCUGAGGAGCUAUUUCAGUAAAACUGGAGGUCCCGAGAGAAUUAAAGAAGUUCUUGACCUCCUCAUGUUGCCAACCGAUGUGCGGCCACACCUCCUGGCUUUGCGCCUAGAGCAACCUGAACUUGCUGGACUCGAGGCCGGGCCAAACAGUGACGAGGUCAAUGGACGACUGGCCAGCACAGACAAAUUGCUUGGCCAUUUAAUGUCUGCGUUGUACGAAAACAACCUUCACAACUGCAUCAACAUCGUCAUAGUGUCCGAUCAUGGACUUGGUCCCACCAGCUGCGAUCGGUCUGUACUUGUCCAGAACAUAUACCACAACAUCAGCAGUACGCUCAUGUUUGACGGACCCGUGGCUCAUAUAUUUCCACAGCUUUCCAAACCAGCUAUUCCAGUGUCAGAUCUGGUUAAUAACCUAUCGUGUCAAGUGGACUCAAUGCACGUGUUCACCAAGGAAAGCCUACCAGUCCGUUAUCAUUACACCGCUUCCCCGCGUAUCGGUGAUGUCAUCCUCGACAUGAAAGAAAGCUGGCUUGCUUUCCAAAAUAAAGCUUCAAAGUGUUCUGGGGGACGUCACGGUUGGGACAAUUUAUACAGCGACAUGCGCUCUGUAUUUGUUGCUCAUGGACCAGCGUUCAAGACGAAUUUUACCGCCGAACCUUUCGAAAGUAUUGAACUGUAUAACCUAUUGGCAGAGGUUAUUGGAAUCACUCUAAAUGCAAACAACGGUACAGACGGAGCUCUUCGGCAUAUUCUUAAAAACUCCACAGGCAUCAACAUCGGUCAUUCAGAAUCUAAACCCUACAACACAUGCGAAGUCCCAGCUGACCCCUUUGCUCACAUCAUGUGCACAUCAACAUGCCAGAUUGAACAAGCUGAUGCGAAAUAUUUACAUGUAACUUCACAUCCGUUCGAUAUUCCGGCUCUGGUACAAGAUGGCCAUAACGUGUGUGUAUUAAACCAGACGGGGUACGUCAUUGGCUACAGUGACACCUUCAAAGCACCCGUGUGGGUCCAAGCAACUGUCAAAAAUUUAACGGAGGUAAACAACGUCUCCGCCUCCGAGCCAAGCUGCUGGCUGAAUGACACCAGGAUCGACAGGGACAUGUGUAGCAUAAAGCUGAAGGAGGGGAUCAGCUUCUAUACGCUAUACCCGUUUGGGAAACAGAACAUGUUAUCAUCUACUGCAGUGCCGCUAUUCGAUGAAUUUUAUCACGGCCUUUGGACAUUUGUCGUGAAACUACUGGCGGACUAUUCCCACUUGUAUGGAGAUAUUAGCCUGACACUCGGGGCAAUAUUUGACCAUGACUACAACGGACUGUGGGAGAAUCUUAGUAACAAAACCAACUUUGCAGAUUACAAUAGAAGUCAGCCUCUGCCCUCCCAUAUCUACAUGUCACUAAUGAAGCCCGUGGGGCAGACAUCCGGCGAUGUGCCCGCGGUUAGAGACAUGGACAUCCUUUCUUUUAUUCUACCGCAUACGGCUAGAAUACCAAACUGUCUGAACUGGGAUGCCUAUCUUCAAAAGAAUGUUGCUCGCCUGCGCGAUAUUGAACUUGCUUCUGGUCUCCAGUUUCUAACAUCUUUAGACCGUGACGCGGCAGCGCGAUUAAGGACAUAUUUGCCAGAGGAGCUUUGGAAAACAAGUCUUGUACAGUCGUGGGAUGACGUCACGUCCUGUCCAAAUGAAGCCGGAUGCAUGUCAGAUUAUCGGCCCUUACUCCUCAUAUCCCUGGACGGAUUCCGGGCGGACUACCUGCUACGUAACGUUACACCAACUGUGUCCCGGCUUAGCCAGUGCGGGGUUCGAGCACCCUACAUGCGGUCCGUUUACCCAACAAAGACCUUCCCUAAUCAUUACUCAGUAGUAACAGGUUUGUACCCCGAGUCACACGGUAUCAUUGACAACAACAUGUACGAUGUGGACAUGAAGCUACGUUUCAGCCUGGGUAGCGCGGCCGCUAGCGAUCCCCGGUGGUGGGGCGGAGAACCGAUGUGGCUGACAGCUAAACGACACGGUCUUAAGACAGCCACGUACUUCUGGCCCGGAUCAGAUGUUGAAGUUCAUGGCAAUUACCCAGACAUUUGGAAGAAAUAUGAUGGGAAGGUUUCCUACACUGCUCGGACCCAGGAGGUGCUUCGCUGGCUCUCCCUUCCCCCGGGACAGCGGCCUAACUUCAUUACUCUGUACUUUGAUGAGCCUGACAUGGCCGGUCACAAGUAUGGACCAAAAAACGAGAUCCAGAUUGCGGCCGCACUCAAGCGCGUCGAUGACUCCCUGCGGAUGCUUAUGGAAGGGCUGGUGGCCCGUAAACUGCAUCACUGCGUUAACCUAGUCGUAAUUGCUGACCAUGGAAUGGCCGAUAUAUCGUGUAACAACAUCGUGAGAUUAAAGGACAUUGAAGGCAUUGAUAACGACUAUUUGUCGUCAAAGUUCUGGGUGUGGGAUGGCGCAUUCGGACGUAUUGCCGACACUUAUGCCAACAACAGCACCGCACGCGGACCAUAUCCUGUGGAAACACCAGCCCCCUCCGACGAGCUGGUUGUCAACCUGACUUGUGCCAGUCCUCACAUGCGGGUGUUCCGGAAGUCAAAUCUCCCCGUAAGACAUCACUACACUAACAACAGGCGCAUAGACAACAUCAUUCUUGACAUGGAGUCCGGCUGGCAAGUUACAAGGUCAUACAUCAAUACUUGUAAUGGUGGUAACCAUGGUUACGAUAACAUCUACAAAAGUAUGGAGGCGUUGUUUUUGGCCUAUGGACCUGCUUUUCGUUUUAACCAAACAGUAGAGCCAUUCGAAAAUAUUGAGCUUUACAAUUUGUUUGCAGAUGUUUUAAACAUAACUCCUGCGCCUAAUAACGGCACAAUGGGAUCGCUAGACCAUCUCCUCCGUAGCCCGCCUGAUAGGCACACGACGGCCAGUUUUGUUGAGUACCGUACCAUUAACAACAGUGCGUUAUCACAGGAACAGUACAUAGAGCAUGCGCAAAAUAUUUCUUGCAAGACAGCAUGCACCAUAACUAACGUAAAGCUGCAUGCAGUCUACAAUGCCUAUCGGAGCGUCUCGUCUCAAGACCCGCCAGGCGGAGCUCCUCGGCUUCUUAGCGAUUACUUCCGGUUUCGGAACAUCACUGUUUCCCGGUUGUCGACUUCCUCCGUAGCGUAUGACAUUGACCACAUGACCCCGAUAUGGGUUUUUCAACAAUUAGCAUCUGAAAGAAGGUUUUCCAACACUCCUGGAUGCAGAAUUCCAGACCCAAAUAUUCCUGCAGAAAACUCCCAACCUAUGCCAUGUGGAAGGCAAGCGAAUGUAACCGCUGUCAAUUUACUCCUCGGACACAACGAAUCUGACUCCUUAGUUAACUUUGUCUCAUCUGCAUUCGUGCGCGUACCGGCUUUAUUCGAACGCAAUGUUUGGACUCAAGUUUUGGAGUUUGUUCAGACAUCUAUUGCCGGUCAUGAGUUGAGUACCGAGCUGAUAACAGGCCCAGCGUUUGACCACAACUAUGAUGGUCUUCCAGACACAAACUUAUCCCAUAGUCCUUUCCCGAGUCAUGUUUACGUGGUGCUAAUUCGAUGUGGAACUGGCGGCCAUAGAUGUGGGGAUAUUCAACUUUCCUCGUACAUUUUACCAGUAGAGGAAAACACCACCAUGUGCAAGGAUUUCAAAAUAUACAUGGAGGAGAACGAGGCCCGACUGCGUGACGUUGAGUUGAUAACGGGUCUACAAUUCAUGUCGGAUGAUGGCUCAUCAGCGCAGAUAAGGACGCGACUACCAUGGUCAAGACUCAACGCUGGAGAGUUGAAGAAAUAGAAAAGCGAUAUGGAAAUAGAAAAAAACAAAUAUUAUCCGUGCAUUGGUUUCAGUGCUUUAAAGAGUGACUGUAUGGUGUUGUGAAUAUAGUUGUCCAGUUAUCAUGAAGAUCGUUAUCCGCCGUAUGCACUAUCACGACUUUACUUUAUAAUUCGAUAGUUAGAUAAUAUUUGAUAAUGAUUCUUCUGAUCACGUAAUUACAUUUUAUUAACACAAAUUUAUUACGUAAUGUGAAGAAAAGGAAGAGAGAUUUCAAAUAAUAUGUGUUUAAAUAGCGGGAUGAAACACCUUGUCACAAGUCAGUACCAUGGUUUUUUAUCUGUGGAUUAAACUCGUUAGCUUCGGCGCAAAUAUUUUUUUAACUGGGAUAAUCUAGUUUCUUUAUCUAGACGAUAAGAUUAUUCUUCGUAUCAUCGGUAACAAAAGAGACUCGAAUUAAAGGCAAUCACCCCAGAAAGUCACUCUGAAAUUGAUGGAAAUGGAUUGGAUCAUACAGAAACGAAAGUGUCUUUUUUUCUACCGUGUGGUUUAUCUAAACGUACUUUGCAGGAUGUAGUUAUGAAUGUUAUGUAGUAUUUGUAUUAGUUAAAAAUGUAAUCAGUAUUUGAAUUCAAACUGUAAGUUUCUUAUUAAUUCCAGAUUUAACAUGUAAAUAUUGCAACGUCAUUUCUUUUUCUAAAUUUUGAUCGCACAUGUUAAUUGCAAAUGAAAUUUAAAAAAAAGAACAUGUAAUGGUCCUUAUUUUAUUAAUAUGUGAAAAUGACUGCAGUUUUGUUGUCGCAGGAAAACAGGAUUUAGUAUGUUGAUUUAUUCAGUAAUCUGCUUUGAUGAAGAGUCAGUAAGUCGACGUAUUUAUGCGCUCAGGUCCUUGGAAAAUUAGGCUUUAUGUUUGAUUUCCUAUAAAGAAUGUAAAUAUGUGUCGAGUUCUUAGAAAACUGGGUUUAAUGCAUGUGCUUAAAGUGUCGUCUUAGAUUAACCUGUGCAGUCCGCACAGGCUAAUCAGGGACGACCCUUUCCGCCUUAACUGGAUUUUUGUGUAGAAGAGACUUCAUUGAAACGAAAAAUACCAUAAAAGCGGACUGCACAGGCUAAUCUGGGACGACACUUUACGCACAUGCAUUUAACCAAGUUUUCUCAGAACGGGACUCAUAUAAAGAAUACCAAUCCAAUACAUGUUCUUUAGAUAUACAAAUGCCCUUACUAGUCUUUUUUCUAUCAUUGCUUUUGUUUUGAAAACAGUCUCUGUACGUUGUAAGCGUUGUUGUGUGUGUGUUUUAGCUUUUUCAUUUUACUAAAAAUGCGUCAAAAGAUGUUAUGAUGAAAAACGAACAACACAUAACGCGGAUGACAUUUAAUUAUGAUUCCAAAUUUAAACAUGUAAUAAUACAAAACAAAAUGUAUUCAAACUAAGUAACGUAAGUAUAAAUCAAACUGUGUACAUGUAAAUAAAGUUGUAUAAUAUACGAUAAUUUUGUAAAAAUAAAAUAUACAUAUUUGA